AUGAAUUUUCAGUCAUUGCUAAAUGCUACAUCAUCAAAUUCUAUUCACAUUCUUCCCACUUUCUUUCACCAGGAGCUCAGCCUUGCUUUUGAAUGUCAGAAGUUCACAAAACAAUUCCAACUGCUAUGUGAUCUAUUCCUACAAAAUCCUCCUACAUAUCUUGCUUUUGUGUAUAACAAGCAUGGUGUUCAUUGGGCAUCUUGUUUAAUCUCAUUGAAGCAUUAUGUUAUCUUUUAUGGUGAUUCUCUGAAAUGGGAAGCUGAUGACAAUAUGUGCUGUAAAGUCCAGUGGCUCUUUGGGGAUAUCACUGAGAUCCAGGAUCAAUGGCAGGAGGAUAUUCUUCCUAUUUCUUCGCAGUUGCUAGGCAGUGGAUCUUGUGGGCCUGUCUUUGUGGACUCAGAGCAAGUCAUAACAGUUUUGUUGUAUCUGGAUGAGCACUAUUCUUCAAGUGCAUUGUCAAAGUGUUUGACAGAAACACAGCUGCUUGCAGAUGGAUUUACAUCCAAAAGUUCAGUGUUGCUUGUCACAGUCCAACAACUCAGCCAGGAGUCUUUCCUCAUAUCUGACAGCUAUGAUCCAUUCUUUGAUGCUUCUGUGCCUGUAGUCAAAGAUCUCAUACUGAAGAAUGCUGACAAACCCCUUGCUGAUGGUGAGGAUUAUGGACUGGAUAUGGAUUUGGAGUCAGAUUCAGACAUAGCUCUUGAUGACAAUCUGUCCAUGCCAUCAAAAUAG